GAUUGGCAAACACAUUAUUCUCUCCCAGCCGCCCCGGCGAGCCGGGAUUACAGUGACGUCACGCCGCUAGCCCUGCAUGGAUGAAUGCUAAAGAACUAUAGAGGCACAAAUAAUGGCACAAGCAGAAGUCCAUAUCUUGCAAGUCUUACGUUAUCCUUUAAGCUUUCUUCAGCACCAGCAACAAUAUUUUUUUGUACUUGAUUAGGAUUUACUCUAAUUUCUUGUUUCCUUAGGGGGAUUAGGCAUACAUAUAAAAACGAAGGGCAGACCGUAAACAGCCUGAGCACUCCCUCUUAAAGUGCAGUCAUCUAUUAUUGACCGAAAGGCCGAGCGUGGAAAUGCGUGUAAGACGCUGGAUUUUGAACUAGAUUUGGUUUCAAUCGAUCAGCGGAGAAGAAUAUUGCUGAUGGUAACAAAAGAAGCAGCUAUGUCUUUCUCCCAGUUUGGAUACCCUUACAAUGCAACUUCUCAGUUUUUCGUGUCGCCAAACCCCAGUACGACUUGCUGCGAUUCGAUUUCCAGGUCGGUAUCUGACGGCUCCAGCGCGCCGCACUCCGCCUCUGCCGCCGCCGCCUCCUUCUGCUGCCCGACCUACGAGAACCGGCUGCUGGCGAGCGCGCGCCCUGAGCUCAACGCUGCUGCGCUCGGCAUGUACAGCUCCCCGUACGCCGCCGGCCACAACUACGCCAACUACUUCCAGUACAGCGCGGAGCCCUCCGCUAUCUACUCCACGCUGAAUCCACAGUAUGAGAUUAAGGAGGGCACUGGAAGCCUCCACAGUGGCAUCAGCCAGCCUGCUGCUUACUACCCUUAUGACCACUCACUGGGCCAAUAUCAAUAUGACAGGUACGGGUCUGUAGACUUUAACGGCUCGGCCAGGAGGAAAAACGCCACUCGCGAGACAACAAGCACUCUAAAAACGUGGCUUUAUGAACACCGAAAGAACCCAUACCCCACCAAGGGUGAAAAGAUCAUGCUGGCCAUCAUCACGAAGAUGACCCUCACCCAAGUGUCCACCUGGUUUGCCAAUGCCAGAAGGAGGCUGAAGAAGGAGAACAAGAUGACAUGGUCACCGAAAAACAAAGCAGGCGAUGACAAGAAGGAGAACCUGGAUAAGGCAGACCAGGAUUGUGUCACCAAAGACUCUAAAGACUGCAAAGAAGAGCAAGACCUGCGCCUCAGUGACCUGGACGACAUCGAGGAUGACGAUGAGGACUGCGACAAGCUGGACAGCGACUGUGAGAAAUCUGGCCAGGAGGCAGUUGCCCUCACCCAGCCUUCUGUGCCCACGUCCAGUCCCCCAAAGAGAGACUGCAGUGCUGACCUGCCUGUACCCUCCGGAUUCCCCUCCUUCCCCUGUGGCCUGAAAGGUGUGACAGCUCUUGUCCCUGACUACCUAGACCCUCUUGGCUCCAAACAACAGCAGCAGCAUCUUCCGACUCUAUCUUCCUCUAUGGGCCCUAUUUCCCUGUCCCACUUUCAGGCGUCAUCAGAUCAGAAGCCACGGAUCUGGUCCCUGGCCCGGACAGCAGCUACUGGGGUGGUGCUGGGGAACACUCAGCAUGCUGGGGAGAUACGAACUGGGGCUGGAGCUGGGAACUGUCAACUACAAGCAUCCCGGCUGCCCGUCGUGGUCACUGGAGGGCAGUGUGGGGAUGCCAAGGGCCUCCAGGAUCCCACAAACCUGGGGAACUCUGAGGAUCUUUUUGAAGAGGGGGCACAGGGGCUUAAUAAAGUGUACAGCACAGGGAGCUACAGAGGCCUGCAACUCCACUGCUCCUCGUACCAGGCCCUUUCAGAUUCCUGCCAGUACUCCAGCAUGGAAGGAUUCUGCAGUGGGGCGAAGUCUGAAUCUGAAGCCUCUGAGCUCAGUGACACGUGUCUAACCCUGCAGGACACCAAGACGACUGCUUUCAGACCUGUGAUGAAGAGGCUCGAAGAGGCGCUGCCGUCAAGACCCGGAACGUUUCUGUAACUUCAAUUAUGCACUAUGGACCUGAGACGAAGUACAAAACAAAACAAAACAAUAAAAAAAAACAAAGCUCGUGGCAGCUGAAACGUGAGCGCGCCCAAGGCGAGGCCGCUCUGCUGGAACUGUGAACGCGCGGAGGUAGCCAUAUUUUUGCACAAUGUGAUUUUCAUGGUGUUGAUGACUUUAUGCAAUGUUUAAAAAAAUGCAACUGUUAUAAAAAAAAUAAUAAUAAUGUCCGUAAAUUUCUGAUGUCUGCAAUGGCAAUCGUAGUUUAGUGGUCUUAUUUAUCUAUUUAUUGUUUAAUUAUUUUCUCCACUAUUUAUUUAAAUUCGUGCCAUGCGUCUUUCUUAAUGUUCCGUUGUGGUCACGUGUUAAAUGUCGGUGUUUUUGUUUGUUUUGUUGUUCUUUUUAUUUGUUUGUUUCGAGGACAAAUGUGAAGCUUGUCGUUAUCUUUUUUUACUUUUAUUUUUGAAGCUCAAUAUUGAAGUCUAAAAAUGGACUAUAAUGUUCUCGGAAAUCAAAAGAAAAAUGGGAAAAUUUCGUUGUUGGGCCUAUAAGUGUUCCGUGUUCGCCAUUUAUAAACUAUUUUAUACGAAUGCAA